AUGUUUGUGCGUGGAAUUCGUGAUCUACAGUAUGAAGUGGGGUACGAGACGAGUGCUGGGGCGAUUAUUGUGGCGCAGGAACGGAUCCGGAAAGAGCGGCUGCUUGAUGGAUAUGAUUUUAAUUAUGUAAUUGAUUUUGAUAAUUGCGUUGAAGCGGAAGCCGUCGGACUGGCUGUUGAUAUGAUUUUAAACCGCGGCGCCAAUAUCAUCAUUGGCCCGACCUGCAAUGAUCCAGCGAUCGCCACUGCGGUAUUGGCGUCUUACUACGAUACCCCAGUUUUUGCUUGGGGUCUGACCACCUCAUCUGACCUGGCGAAUGUGGCUCGAUUCCCCUCUACAAUCAUCUUGGUUCCGAAUUGGUUCCACCUCUCCAUCGCGAUGCUAUCUACUUUUCGAGAAUUGGGCUGGAAGGAAUUUGCCUUUAUUUAUUCCUCGAUUAACGAUGAGGGGCAGUGUCCAUUUUUCAAGGCAGAUCUGCAGGACGCGGUCACGGAGCUCGGAAAUACGGUAAUCACCACCUACACCACUGAACUGAAAGAUUUCACAAACGCAACAUUGCAAGCGGCCCUCCAAGAAAUCGAUUCUCGUGCUCGAAUCAUUGUGGCGUGUGUAGCCUCCGGGUAUGGAUUGUCGAGAAAGUUGAUGCUCGCCGCAUCUGAUGCCGGGAUGACAACCGAAGAUUAUGUUUGGGUAUUUCCGUCGAUCACCGCUCUGGCAUACGAUGAUGGCACCAGACAAACAGACGGUACCGCCCUCAACGUCUGGCAAUCCAGCCCGGCAGAUGGACGUGAUGAAACGGCAAAGCAGGCUUUUACAAGGACCCUGUUAUUCACCGAGGCCACGGCACAGGGCGAUGAUUAUGAUGAAUUUGGAAAGCAAGUAAUGUCGAAAAUGCCACUGGCUCCGUUUUAUUGUACGACUUGCAACAACCUUACGGUGUCCACCGGCGCUGGACAUCUACAUGAUGCUUUUUAUAUCUAUGCAAAAGCAUUAAAUAAAAGUUUGGGCCAAAGUGAAGAUGCAUUAAACAAUGGGACAGCCCUCUUGAUCAACGCUGCUGGAACAUAUGAAGGAAUCAAUGGAAACAUCACCGUUGCUUCAAAUGGCGGUGUUCAGCCGAAAUUUGUGCUUGAAGCCUUGACACAGGCCUAUGAAACGGGCAUAUUUUGGCAGAUCGAGUUAAUUAAUGGUAUUAGCCCUAACAUCACUCGAAUUGUGCCGAACACCGAAUCGAUAUUUGCGUUCUAUUCUCAAGGGGUUCCGGACGAUCAGGCAACAUGCUCGCUGAGUGGCAGGAACUGCGCUGCAAAUAUUUUUGUCGACUACCUCGGCUGGUUUAUCGUCGGCAUUGUCGCGGUUCUGAUCACUAUUUGCUGUGCCAUCUUCGGCGUCAUUUUGGCCUUAAGGGCUCGCAUGGAUGAGAAACGCCGCCUAAACAGCAUGUGGAGAGUACCGUACCUUGAAUUGACCGAAGUCCGCAACGCUACGAGCAAAGCCGAUUCGCAGUCGCAAAUGUCACUCCAAUCCGACAAAUCGGGGUCGAAAAGCGAAUGGUCGAACAAAUUGUCGAUGGAAUCGAAGAUGUCCGUAAAAGGGAAUCAAGUGUACUUUAUCUAUCAAAAGGAGCCCAUUCUUGGGUUACCACAUGAUAUUGUCGUCAGGUUUGACGAGGAAGAUGCACAUGAAUUUCGUUUGAUGCGUAGCAUCGAACAAGACAACUUGAAUCGUUUCAUCGGUCUAUCCAUCGAUGGUCCAAAAAUCUAUUCCUUAUGGCGUUUCUGUCAUCGUGGCAGUCUGACGGAUGUGAUUACGAGGGGCAGCAUGCCGCUUGAUGGAUUUUUCAUCUAUUCCCUCAUCAUGGAUAUCGUUAAUGGGCUUUACUUUAUUCACAAUUCCUUCCUGAAAUGUCACGGUCAAUUAACAUCGCGGAGUUGCCUGCUUGAUGACCGUUGGCAGUUGAAAAUUUCUCAAUAUGGGCUGUCGUCUCUUCGGACAAAUGCAAAUGUAAAGCGUGAAGAAAUGCUCUGGACUGCUCCGGAACAUUUAAGAGAUUUCUCUGUAAUCGGCUCACAAGCUGGUGACAUCUACUCGAUGUCGAUCAUCGCCUCUGAACUCGUCGGCAAGACAUCACCCUGGAAUUUGGAGAACCGCGUUGAAACGGCUGAAGAAGUGGUGCAUAUGGUUUCGAAAGGGCUGUCCCCACCUAUGCGCCCGUCAUUAUUUCCCCCGGAUGGAGUUGAGAUCAGCCAAUCUAUCCUGUUGCUCAUAAAAGAUUGCUGGGAUGAGAUCCCCGGAAAGCGGCCGGACAUUAAUAUUGUCAGAACAAUGAUGAGGAAUAUGCAUAAUGGGAAGCAAAAAAACUUGAUGGAUCAUGUCUUACAAACGCUGGAGGAGCAUGCAGAGAGUCUCGAGCGUGAAGUCGAUUCUCGGACUAAGGAAUUGAUCGAUGAAAAGAAGAAAAGCGACUUGCUGCUUUAUCGAAUGCUCCCAAAGCAAGUUGCGGACAAGUUAAAACUCGGUCAACCAAUCGAUCCGGAGGGCUUUGAAAGCGUUACAAUAUUCUUUUCUGACGUCGUUGGCUUCACGUCGAUAGCAUCGCGAUGUACUCCGCUUCAGGUCGUCAAUCUGCUCAACGGUCUUUACACUAUUUUCGAUGGCAUUAUUGAAAAGCACGAUGCUUAUAAGGUGGAGACAAUUGGGGAUGGCUAUUUAUGUGUAUCAGGGCUACCCCAUCGUAACGGAAAGCGGCAUAUUAAGGAAAUUUGCGACAUGUCACUUGAACUGAAUUCAGAGCUACGAGGUUUUCGUGUGGCCCACUUGCCGGACGUGACAGUUCAGAUUCGUGUCGGUGUUCACACAGGCCCUUGUGUGGCUGGUGUUGUUGGCCUGACAAUGCCGAGGUACUGUCUUUUUGGCGAUGCCGUAAACACAGCAAGUCGAAUGGAAAGUAACGGAAAAGCUGCCAUGAUCCAUCUAUCACCUGAGGCGUUGGCAGCCGUAACAAAUUACGGUGGAUACGUGACGGAGAGUCGCGGUGAAGUGAUCAUUAAAGGGAAGGGAGUCAUGGAGACAUUUUGGCUUCUUGGUCGAGUGGGUGAAGUUGCUUCAACGGGGAGGAAAGCCUGGGCCACGCCGCCGCCGAAGCCAAUGCCGGGUCUCUCCCCUCCACCAGCUCCACAGCCCCAGCCCCAGACUGAUGCAGCGAUGUACGUCGACUACCUCAACAGCGGACGA